AUGCAGAGGCUAGCACCCCUACCAGACCCCGAGGCUAAAGAGACGAUCCUGUCUGCUGGUCCUGGCAGCUUUUUGAAGUUGGAAUGGCUGAGGAGCAGGUGCAGCAGUGGGGAUCAUAGGCACAGUGGUGGUGGACAGCUGGUUACUGCCUGCCGUCCUCAGAAGGUGUGUUUAUGUCCAUUCCUGCCAACACAUCCACUAAAGGUCUCCACCUACUUGUAUAUAAUUCAGCAUCCAGCAGAGGAAAGUCGAGUAUUAAGGACGGUACCUUUGCUAGCUGCUUGUCUCCCUUCAGACAAAUGUAAAAUUUUGGUUGGUCGACGUUUUAGUGAAGACAGGUAUCCUGAAUUAGCAACUGUGUGCAGAAAUCCCAAUAGUCUAAUUUUGUAUCCUGGAGCUGAAGCAACCAAUUUGGAAGAAGUUGCAGUGGUGUCUUCUAGUCCAUCUGUUAUGAUCAUCAUUGAUGGAACGUGGAGUCAGGCUAAAGAUAUAUUUUACAAAAAUUCUCUCUUCCGGCUUCCCAAGCAGGUGCAGUUAAAACCCAGCAUUUCAAGUCAAUAUGUAAUUCGUACACAGCCAACAAACACUUGUCUGUCUACGCUUGAAUGUGCAGCUGUUGCUCUUACUAUCAUGGAAAAAAAUUUGAGUAUACAAGAGACUAUACUCCGUCCACUUCAAGCUUUGUGUGCUUUCCAGCUUCAGCAUGGUGCCCAAGUCCAUCACAGCAAGGAGCAUCUCCUUAAAAAUGGCUUAUAUGACAAGCCAAUGCCAAAGAAUAAGCGGAAACUGAGAAGAAUGGAGCUUUUGGUGAAUAAUGUUAAAAUAUAA